CAAGCAGAGCAUUGCGAAAAAUCGGAGGCCCAAGCGUAUUCGAUCGCCUCGCUGCUUGCCGCCGGAAUCUCGCUCCCUUUAUCCACCCGCGCCCCGUGCUAGCAGCUCGCGUGUCGUGUGCUCUACCAGUUGACGCCAGUUGCGCGCUGAAACGCCCCAUACAGCUGGAGAUAACGCUCUGCGACUGAGCACUAUUAUUAUAGAGCGCCUAUCUGCUUGCUUCGCUUGGCCGCUGCUGGGCCAUCGCUCAUGGCUUUUACGAUGCAGACGAAGGUGAACCGGGUGAAUAUGGCUGCGUCGCCUGCAUCAUCCUCCCCGCUGCCGUUGCGGACCACACCAGUAUCCUCGCAGGUACUGCGUUCGAAAACACGCAAAACUCUCAAGACAAAGAAAAAGAAUGAACCAGCCAACAGCGCGCUGGUGUUGGUGGGCGUGAUCAUCUUCGGCGUAUUACUGGCCCUAGUGGUCAUGGCCUUCUUCGCCUACGCGCCGCUGUUGUGUGCGUCGUGGCUCGGCAUCAUGUAUGUCAUUGGGUUAUAUCUAUCCACGGAGUCUUCUAAGUGGCGCUGGCAUGAUGCGCAGGAAUUCGAAAACCGCUUUUGGACAGGUACUGCCUUCAUGUUCAGCGCCGCAAUGCUGUACAUCAAGGACUCGCCGCUCGCUGUCGGACAGUGGAACUCGUCGCUUGGCUUGGUGCUAGUAUUUGGCUUCACCAUGAGCGUGCACUUCUUCGACAGGUUCUUGCACAGACAGGAGAUCAGCCGCCGGCCGAGACUCAAGGAGGCUUCGAGGCAAUUUUCGCAUAAUUUAUUCAAAUACAAGGCCACAGCGGAGGAGAAGACGAACCUCGUCAUGGAGUGCGUCAGUCGCAUUGACCGCCAUUAUUUACCCAGCACGAUUAACAACAUGAUUAACUUCGCCGAGGUCAAGAGGCGUGAGCUCAAAAUCUUCCGGAUCCUCGCAGGAGCGGGGAAGGACGAGCUCAACUACAUUCUGAACCAUACUCAGCUUGCGCUGCUGUUCUACAAAGUGAAGGACCACUCGAAUGUGCGUGAGGAUCAGAGUCGAACGCUGAUUCUUGACUUGCUGUGCACCACACGACUGGCAGAUUUGUCCGUGAUGUCCCGAGCGGUGCUGCUGGAUGCUUUGAUGGUGAUGAAAAUCAGUGCUCACCCUAUGGCUGAAAAAUGGGUGCGUAAUAUUAUUUUGAAAACUCAGGGUGACGACCUAAGCAACCUCAAAACGUACACGGAUGCGAAAGGUGAUUUCCACAGUAUGCACAAGCUAGUGUUCAACGAUAUCCGUGACCCGACAAUUCGCGCUGAUAUUCUGAGCCAUAUUCAGCGCGAAGCUAGCGUGCAGGUUGCGCACAUGCGGCUUGGAACAAAGAGAGGCCGUAGUCGCAAGCAGCAGGCAUGGCGAAAGGUGUUGAGCGAUGUGGAUGAUACGCUGUAUUCUUCAGGUGGUCGAUACCCAGCUGGCUUGGACACUCGCUUCCCUCGACACACCCUGUACCCGGGAGUGCUCCCCUUCUAUCGUGAGUUGGAUAUGGGCACUGUAGGGCCAGACGACUGGACCGAUGAUCGAGUGGGCAAUCUGGUGUUCCUCUCAGCACGGCCGCAUGUGUACAAGGAUGUAUCCGAGAAGAAGUCGUACGCCAAGUUUGCUGCUCUGCACGAAAAGAUGGGUAUGCACACGCUGCCCACGAUGCUCGCAGGUAAUCUGAAGUCAGGCCGUGCUUUCAUGUGGCAGGGUGAUCUGGAGCCGAUGGCACAAAAGAAAUUCGAGAACUUUAGCGAAUUCUACCAACUCUACCCGGAGUUCAAGCACGUUUUUGUUGGAGACAAUGGUCAAGGUGACGUUCGUGCGGCCGAGCUUAUUGUGGAAAAGUUUGGCUCUGAUGCAUUGGAGGCUGGCUUUUUCCAGCGCGUGCAGCCGAUGGAGAAGAUGUUCAAUUAUCAUUCGAGAGAAGACUUGGUGCGUUGGCGUAAGAUGAACAUUCUCUUUUUUGAUACUUACGUGGGUGCAGCAGUCGAGGCUUUCGGCAUGAAAAUGAUUCGGCUUGGUGGGCUGAAAAAGAUCUGCGAUGAUGCUGGCAAGUCGUUCGAGGCUAUUCAUUCAUGGCUAACACCCCAGAGCCGGGAACGUGCGAGGUUGCUGCUGAACCGCGACCUCGCUGCGGCCAAUGCGCUGAUGGCGAAGAAGUUUGAGCCGUCUCCUUUGGUGAUGAAGCCUCAAGUGUUCAGUCUGAACUCGAUCGUUCGUACACCAAUUGGACGGGGUAUUGUUCGUAAAUAUCGCGGUAUCGAUGGUAUCUAUCGUGUGGAUUUGACAGAUUGGCCAUCUUCAGCUUGCCAAAAACGCGUGCAAGCUUUCUUACCGGAAGAUAGUCUUGUAGCUUACAUCACUUCGGACUCUUCAAUCCUGUCCAAGAGCUCAUUAAACUACGUCAAGUUUUACCGCGCACCGCCUGCCAGAAUAUUCGCUUCACACAGUUUAGUGAAAACGCUAUUCGGUAUCGGUCGUGUGAUGUCUUACCGCGCCGAAGAUGAAAUCUACACGGUGUCAAUUCCUGGCGACCAGAGUAUGUUGCACAUAACGGCAUUUUUGAAACCAGAUUCGCUGCAACCAGUGGAUGACGAGUUCUUGAAGAACUACGCUUCGAGUGGCUCGACAUCACCGCGAAUGUUCGCUGGUGUGCGCUCUGGUAUUGGCUUCAUUACAAAGAAGCUGAUCACGUUUGUGCCUGGUGGAUCUGGACCCAAGCCUUUGUUCGCGAUGACGGUGGUUGUUGAUUCGCCUUUUGGCCGGGGUGUCGUUGUCCACUUUCGCGAAGAAGAUCGUGUCUAUGAGCUGCGGUUAUUUCAAAGCGACACUAAAACUCGAAGUGGAGAACAGCCGUCGCCAAUCAGUGUGUUUGUACAGGAGCGGCACCUUCAGCUAUCUCCAGUGUCCCCGCCUCGAAGCUUUUUCUCGAUGCUUGGACUGGGUUCCAGCAGGAAUGCGAUCGAGCGAGUAGCAGGACCUGUUCCGGUGGGCUCUCAUGUUAUUACACCAUACGGCAAGGGUGUCAUUAGCAGCUACCGUGCAGCAGACGAGGUGUAUGCAGUAGAAUUGACGGACUGGACUCUUGCGGACGGCCACCAUGUGACGACAUACCUUAUGAAAGACUUCAUCAAUCCUGUAGCUCGGACUUUGAAGGAUGUAUCAGAGCUCACGUUCACUUCUGAAGAUUUUUCUAAGGAAAAGAAAGUUCCUGCGCCGCCAGGCAGUGGUGGCUUUUUUCAGUUGUUCCGAUAUGGUUUCUCGACGCUCGGGUCUACGGCCGAUGAAGGUGUGGUCCCCUACACGGAGGAGGUUGGCGUCAAGCGUGACAUUGACACAGUAUUCGGUUUGGCGACCACGACCAUGAACAAGCCAUACCAUGGUUGUCUAAAGGCGAAUCUUGUGAACCCGGAUUUUAGUGGUGUUGUGGCGUACGUCCAGGCUGAUGAAACCAAGGAGGUCCCAGUGGCACCUUCACAGGGAAGACGCAACACACUCGAGCUGUUGGUGAGCCCGCUCAGCUAUCUACUGUCUGGAAACAACGACAACAUCCAAUUGGAGGAUGCAGAUCCGAGUUUUCCGAAGACUUUGUUCGGGAAAGGAUCUCUCGUAACAACACCGUUUGGUGAAGGCACCGUUCGCUCACAUCGUCGCCUCGACGACAUUUACGUGGUGGAUUUGCCAGGUAUGCGCGGGUAUUUCCGCGUUAGUAGCCUCCAACGACCGGUGCGCGGCGUGGUGGGGCAACCCGUCGAUACAGUUUUUGGAUCAGGAGUAUUAGAGGAAGUGCGUGAAGAAGACGGUGUACACGUGGUAGUCCUUAGACUCGGACUCAUGUCGGCUCUAGCCCGCGCAUACCUGCACCCGUCUAGUGUGAUCGGAGCGAUCAAGGCAUCUCGUGGCGACGUAGUGAUGACUCCUUUUGGUUCCGGCGUAGUGAUGCAGCACCGGCCCCACGAUGGCUACUACCGCGUGGCGUUAGACUGGGACACUAAAGGUCAUAGCCACACAUCAGCCUACAUCAGUGAAGGCAGUAUCGUGCGCACCGGAUUGGUGGAGAACAACUCUACCGGCUGCGUUGUCAUGUAAACCUUUUGGAAGCAUAUCAUACAUUGUUCUGUGUUUGGUAUUUACAUUAUAUAGAGGUAUUGGUACAAACUACACAGGUACUUCGAAGUAGAAUACUCCUAACUACUCCGAAGUAGGAUGUUAGGCUCUGGUCGC